CUCGUCGCUGCGUUUCUAGCAUCUCAGUUGAUAAUUUAGCAUCUAGGCCAGGGAGUCUGACAGAACGGAAUAAAAUCAGUCCGGGGUACGGAGAUGCCAUAAAAAAAAAAAAUAAUAAAAAAUGAUGAGAGGAGCCGCCGAUGUUGGGACGAGUGGUGAUAAAAUUGUGUGACGUAAAAUUAGGCGCAGUGAAAAAAACGAGCAACAUCUCGUUGCGAGAAAUGUCGAAGAAAGGAUCGUCCAAGAAGGCUAGGGAGAAGGUGAAAACAGUUUUUCUGCGCGUGUUUCAGCCUCGCCUUACUUGUCCAGUUACUUUGGACAAAAGCGGUAACGUGUUGAUCAAAAUUCAAGCCAAGCCGGGAGCCAAGCACAACAAUGUAACAGACAUUUCCGAAGCGAGUGUCGGAGUCGCUAUAUCAGCACCUCCGGUCGAUGGCGAAGCAAACACAGAGCUGGUGAAAUACCUGACGUCGGUACUGGGCGUAAGGAAAUCGGACGUGUCUUUGGACAGGGGUUCGAAGAGUCGUCAGAAGACCGUCAUCGUGUCUAAUCAGACCGUGGAAAAGGUUCUCGAAAAACUUCGAGAGGAAAUGCAGACGAGCGGUUGACUUCGGUUAAUUGUAUGUAUUUUGGGUAAAAAUUUGUUUUAACAUAUAAAUUUUAGGAUUAUCAACGAACUCUGUUAAAUGUCGAGUUGAAACAACAAGCACACUCAUACACACACAUAAAAAGCAUAAUCAUGCACACGUACGCAAAUAUAUUUAUAUCAGUAUAUAUAAACUGCAUUAAAUUACAUAUAUUAAAUACAAUCAUUUUUAAUUAACCAUCGUUAAAUACGCGCGGGAUCCACGUCUAAAAUAUGCAACUCUCAAAGUUUCGUUAUUUGAUUCCAGCGCGCGUGGCUCAAAAAAUUAAGAUAGUGUUAUAAAAUUAAUAUGGCGCUUUAAACGGCGUGAAAAACAUAUCCAACUCAAAUAUUCAGGGGGGUAAUCUCACAUCACGGUGACUUUUUUUCAAUAAUUUCUUUUUCGUAUUAAAAUUUAUAUAUAAUAAUGAUUUCAAAUUUUUACAUAUAAAAUAGGAAGAUAUAAAGCAAUGCGGGAAAAAAAACCAAGGAGAUCAACAAAAAGUAUACUUGUCGCUAUCGUCUGAAGCAAAAUUUUGCAAAUCCUAUAUAUAAAAAAAAACGAAAUUUUGAAUAUCUUUUUUUUUAACUUAAAUAGUUGAAACAAUGGAUUAAACUGGAUAUGGUGAUUGAAAUAAUUUUGACGGUGCUUCAGACCAUAACGACAAGUAUACGUUUCGAUAAUCUCUUUGGUCUCUUUUUUCUUUUGUCACAUGUGUGAAAGUUGAGACAUCGCGUCUACCAGAUUUUAAUACGGGUAACUUCAGGCGACCAUACGUGAGAGAUGUGCCAUAAAAAAGGAAG